AUCAUCCUUUUUUGCAUGUGUGUUUCAGGCUGCUGAACGAGUCGGAUAAGAGGCCGUUUAUCGAGGAAGCUGAGCGUUUGAGGAAGCAGCAUAAGAAAGAUUAUCCCGAGUACAAGUACCAGCCACGUAGACGCAAGAACGGCAAACCGGGAACCAACUCUGAGGGUGACGGCCACUCUGAGGGCGAGGUCAGUCACAGCCAAUCGCAUUACAAAAGUCUGCAUCUGGAUGUGGUACAUGCAGGAUCGCCACUGGGCGACGGACACCACCCUCACACUACAGGUCAGAGUCACAGCCCUCCGACGCCCCCUACCACUCCUAAAACAGAAUUGCAGGGCGGUAAAUCCAGUGAGGGGAAGCGUGAGGGCGGAGCCUCCAGGAGCGGUUUGGGGGUGGGAGCAGACGGAAGCUCCGCCUCCUCAUCCGCCAGCGGAAAACCGCACAUCGAUUUCGGAAACGUGGACAUUGGCGAGAUCAGCCAUGAUGUGAUGGCCAACAUGGAGCCGUUCGACGUGAACGAGUUCGACCAGUACCUGCCGCCCAACGGGCACCCGCAGUCAUCGAGUGGCACAAGCGCUGGGUCUUCGGCUUCGCCGUACACUUACGGCAUCUCCAGUGCGUUGGCAGCCGCUAGCGGUCACUCCACCGCCUGGCUUUCCAAGCAGCAGCUGCCAUCCCAGCAGCACUUGGGAUCAGAUGGUGGGAAGACACAGAUUAAGAGCGAGACGCACUUCUCCAGUGACGCGGCGAGCGGGUCACACGUCACAUACCUGCCACACUACAGCACCGCCUUCCCCUCGCUGGCGUCCCGUGCCCAGUUCGCCGAAUACGCUGAGCACCAGGCGUCCGGCUCGUACUACGCCCACUCUAGCCAGACUUCUGGCCUUUACUCCGCCUUCUCCUACAUGGGCCCUUCGCAGAGGCCCCUGUACACCACCAUUCCAGAUCCCGGCUCUGUGCCGCAGUCGCACAGCCCAACACACUGGGAGCAGCCUGUAUACACCACCUUAUCUCGACCGUGACGCGACGUUCUGGUUUGGUAUCCAGUCGAUGAAGGGUCCAACAAAAGUGUGACUGAAAAUCAUGACAGACGCUCACCUGCACCACAAUCUACACAGACAGGAACCUGAGAGAAACUUGUGUGUGAGUGUGGAGAUCUGCAGGGAACAUAUUCUCACGUGCCUCAGGCUAAAACCUUCACAACCCGUCACAGAUUCACUCAACGCUAGAUGAAUUAAAGGAGGCAGACAUUUGACACCAGUGGUCCUUCAUGAGACAGAUUACCAAAGUUCUGAGACCAAAACAUUAAAAAAAAUCCAACAAAAAUAGGUGCAGUUUCUGAACUCUUGAGUGGCAUAACACUCAAACAGUGUUGCCAAUUUAGCUACUUUGUAGCUAGAUUUA